CUUUAUCGGAGGCACGCCAUUAAAGUAGUUCUGCGGAAGCCCACAGUCUGAAAUUUAAGUGUUAUCGGUCUCUCUCCUCGUGUCAGCCAUUUUCUCAAUAUGAGUAAUCUGAGGCUGCAAAAGCGCUUAGCAUCCAGCGUGCUAAGCUGCGGCAAGAACAAGGUGUGGUUGGAUCCCAAUGAAGUCAAUGAGAUUGCAAAUGCAAACUCACGUCAGAAUAUCCGCAAGCUGGUCAAGGAUGGUCUGAUCAUCCGUAAGCCUGUGGCGGUCCAUUCCAGGGCACGUGUCCGUAAGAACAAUGAGGCUCGUAGAAAAGGUCGACACAGUGGUACAGGUAAGAGGAAAGGUACGGCCAACGCCCGUAUGCCCCAGAAGGUUAUCUGGAUCAGAAGGAUGCGGGUGCUGAGGCGACUUCUCAAGAAAUACAGAGAGGCCAAGAAGAUCGACCGUCAUCUGUACCACAGUCUCUACAUGAAGGCUAAGGGAAACGUCUUCAAGAACAAGCGCGUCCUGAUGGAGUUCAUCCACAAGAAGAAGGCAGAGAAGGCCCGCACAAAGCUCCUCCAAGACCAGGCUGAGGCCCGCCGCUUCAAGACAAAGGAAGCACGCAAACGCCGCGAGGAACGCCAACAAGCCAAACGCACCGAGAUGCUGAAGGCCUACAUCAAGGAAGACGAAGAAGCCUCAAAGAAGUAAACACGAAACAGCCGUAGACAAGCUGCAAAUCACCGGGAUCACAAUUCACACACUGUUCAGAUUUAUCUACCAUCACAUCUGGAAAAGUAUAUUUAUAAAAACAGGACGAAUCUAGAAAGAGAAAACCAAACAUGACGGUCAAGUUUGGGAUAAACGUGCACUAUUGACUUCAAGCCAGAAGGCAUCGAGAUGUUCAAAUAAAGAUUUCAAAAAUUGAUAGUUCUCGUCCAGUUUGAUGUCACAUUUGAUUUGGUUGACCUCUUAUUCGGCAACUAACGAAUCGAAAGAGAAGCUGUUACAAAAUGCAAAUAGCAUUCAUUGUUUAUUUCCAUUUAUCUUUGACUGUUUUGCUUCUGAUUGUUGUAUCACCGAGAAUAUGAGGAGGGUAUGUUGAUGUACAAAUAAAAGGAGUUUUCUUUCUGGAUCCGACCAAUGUAAAACAC